GAGAUAAUAGAGUAAUCGCAAUUAGCAACGAAAAUAUCUUCGUUCCUGAGUUCCUCUUACCCAUCACUAUUACGGGAGCAUCCAUGGCAACCACACUCAAAGCAUACUCUCUUUCUCAUCAAUGUCUUCUUCUGCCUCCCUACCUCUUCCCCCUCUCUCCCUAACCACCAAAAGCCACUCCCCGCUCUUCUCUCCUAAAUCCCCCACUCUACUCCUCCUUCUUCCCUCCAACAACUUCUCGUCCCUCACAUGCCGCUGCUCCACCUCUUCUCCUUCCAGUUCCGACCGCGAGGAGCAGCGCUGGCUCCGCGAGGAGAAGCGUUGGAUCCGCGAAGAGCAGCGCUGGCUCCGGGAGGAGCAGCGUUGGGCGCGUGAGCGGGACGCUCUGCUCCGGGAGAUUGCCGAGCUCAGGAUGCAGGUUCAGGCCCUGGAGCGACGGCUUCUGGCGCAGGAGGUUUCUUCUUCGGAGGCGGUUCCGAAUGUGGCAGCGCUGUUGCAAGCUUUGAAGGAUAAGAACCUUGUUUUGGAGAGUGGAUCGAAUUCGCAGCAGCAGAGGCUGGUACUGGUCGAGAAGAAGAAGGAGGAACUCGAUGCAGAAAAAGAAGAAGAAGAGGUUCUUGAGCAUGAAAAGGAGGUUGUGCUUAUUGAGGACGCUGCUGCUAAGGUUGAGAAGAGGAUCACUCUGCGGAUGGGUUCCGAAGGAGAACAAGUUCGAGAGAUGCAGGAAGCGUUGCUGAAAUUAGGAUUUUACUCAGGCGAGGAGGACAUGGAGUUUUCCAGCUUCUCCAGUGGCACUGAACGAGCUGUCAAGACUUGGCAAGCUGCAUUAGGUGCCUCUGAGGAUGGUGUUAUGACAUCUGAACUUCUUGAAAGGCUUUAUUUGGAGAUACAAACCAAGGAUUCAGGCAAUGCCAAUGAAAACAGAAAAUCCACUAGUGUUUCAUCGCAUGAAGGGGAAAAUGGAGCUGUGGUUGCUUCUGUGACAGAAAUUUCAGAAGUUCAGCAGAAAGUUGUGAAGAAAGGUGACACAGAAAUAGAAGCCACCUGUCGGGGAGUUUUUCUUCUUGGAGAGAAUCGGUGGGAAGAACCCUCAAGACUCACCUCAAGUGAUGGACUUGAUAAGAGCAAGAAGAAGGAUGGAACAACCAAAUGCCUUCAAUGUCGUGGGGAAGGCCGUUUGUUAUGUACAGAGUGUGAUGGAAGUGGUGAGCCAAAUGUUGAACCUCAAUUUUUGGAAUGGGUAGAUGAGGAUGCAAAAUGUCCAUAUUGUGAAGGCCUAGGGUAUACUAUAUGUGAUAUUUGUGGAGGGAAAGCUAGGGUAUAGGUAUGCCAUACAUUUCCUUAUGAUUUCAAACAUGUAUAUGAUUAUCAAUAUCAGUGCAUUACGAAUUGUGUUCUGAGAUUUUCUUCAAACAGAUAAAACUAUUUAAUACAAAACAACCUUGGAGUGAAAA